AUGUCUGACAGCUCAGGCACCACAGCAACCGCCACCACAGCGAACACAGCAACAACUGAAACGGCAACAACACAGCAGCCAGAAGGCAACACUGCAGCAGUUGCAAAUUUGGUCAAAAUCGUUAAUAUCAUCGAAUCGAAUGUUAAAGGCGAUGAACCCGACAGUCCCAAGGCAGCGCCCAUAGGUGUGCGAUUCAGUGGUGUUGCCCCCAGACGCACCACCAUCUCGUAUGUCCCCAAAUCGCCGCAACUCGAGGAGAUUGUGUUCGCGGAGCCAACAUUUACGGAACGCUUCGCACGCUACUUUGUCAUUGUCAUCUAUCUGUGCGGGCUCUGCAGUCUCGGCUUCUUUCUCUCCAUCUAUCAUGUGUUCUUCUGGGACUCACGCAUGCCCCCAGUGUUCAAAGGUCUAAAGAAGCCGCCAGCCUUUGGCUAA